AUGAACAGUCAAUAUAUACGUCAUGAAGUAAGGGGAUGUGAAACGAGUGACCUGAGACACUUCUGGGAAAAGACUAUUGAACAACAGACUCGGUAUCUGCAAAUUGAGAAAGAACGUCAGCAAAGAAGUGCUCUGACAAAGCUCAGAAACGAAUGGAUGGAGAGGCUGGAAAAACGGAUAAAAAUGCUGAAAACCCAACCUGAAGACCCAUCCAGCUGAAGAUCCCACAUACAUGUUGGGAGGGGAAAAAGAAGAAAAUUGUUUUG